UCAAACUCAAAUAUGUGACGUCAGAAAAACUAGGACAAACAAGAAAUCGAAAUAUAUCUCGAGCACCCUGCUACUAUUUUACCUUUAUUUGUUCAUUUCACUUAGUUUUGAUACCCCAGAAUAUAUCUACAAUGUCGGGGAGUAUAUCGUCUACAACGAAUUCUAUUUAUUUGGUUCUGUUUUCACAGAUUAUUUCUCAGGCAUUUGCAUCUUAUUGUGAAGCAGCAGGCAAAAUAUGUAGUGGUAGCGAAUAUUGCUGCACUUCUGGCUGUUGUAUGUAUCGUUAUCACUACACAUGGAGUGUAUGGAACAUGUGGUACUUUUGGUUUAUAAUCAUAUUUGUGCUGAUGUCAUGUUUUGGAGGGUGUGGCUACUGGAAGAGGCGUCAGUGGAUGAUGUCACAACAGAGGGCACACAUGCAGGCAAAUGCUCACCAACAAACAACUGGACAGCCGAUGCCUGGUAUGCCAGUAUAUCCAUAUGUAUAUGAUAACCCUUAUGCAACUACAGAGACAACUGCGCCCCCUCAGGGUGCCUUCCCCACCCCACCAGCUUACAGUGAGGUAAUAUCUAAACCUAAUCAGUUCCCAGGCUCGAAGACAGACUUGCCUCCAUACCCAGGCUUCACGCAAGCUCCACUUAACACAGUAAGCUCACCUGGCCCAGUGGCUGGUCCACCAGCCCCUCCCCCUUAUGCUGCCACACCCACUGUGCAAGCUACCCCACAGGCUGCCCCAACUGGACCCCCUGCAGACAAUGCUACCACCACAAUGAAUGCUGUCACUACAACUACCAAUACUGGCAGUACAGUCAUCUCUGUUAAUCAGAAGUAACAUUCAUACUAAGCUAUGCAGGACAUUUUACACAAUUACACAGAUAUGGAGAAUUCCAUUACAAUACACAUAUUAUGUAUGCUAUUCCAGACUCAAAUUACAACAUACGUGUAAUAACAUAUUCACGCUUUGCAUUAAUCAACCAUAUUCUAUUACAGAAAAGUAGUAUAUUAUCAGAUUAUAUCUAAUGAUUACAAACAAUGACAUAACAUUUCAUAAAAACAUAAACGUAAGUCCCACAAUCCAUGACAUGGUUCCAUACUGUAAUUGUCACAAUAUCACUUAUUUGAGAUUAUGAGACUUACACAACUCAGUCGGCUGGUAUUAGCCCUUAUGUACAUGUUACAUAUCUGUAUAUAACAGGGUAUUUGACUUGU